UUCACUUAUAGUUCAAAGAAACAAAAUGACGAAGCAGUUAACAUGAGUUCCUAUCCAGCGAUGUCGGGGUAAAAUGUACAAAAUCGAAAGAGGAACAAGGUGCUUCGCUGCUAUUGCUUUCUGCAAUGCACCUUUUUUCAUUUCCAUAACUCUUUACAGUUACACCACGCCUCCUCCUCCUCCUUUAGCCAUUCCCCUAUCCACAACAGCUAUUCCAAUUAGAUCUAGGGUUUCCUCUUCCUCACUAUUCACCAUCCCUCGCCGGAGAACAACACCGAUUUUCCGGCGCCGGCUUCACGGAUCUCGCAUCAGCGUCUGAUACAUUGGCAAAAUGCACACCAAAUCGGCGCAGUCAUCGUUUCGGGAUCGGACGCACGAAUUCCAGAGCAUUGCGGAGAGGUUGAAGAAAACAGGGCCAGCGCCGAAUGGACAAAGCAGCAGUUCAUCCAGAUCGGAGGAACAGCGAUCCGCGAUUGCAAAUCAAUCGGAGUUCAAUAGAAGAGCUUCCAAGAUCGGCUUCGGGAUUCACCAAACCUCUCAGAAACUCGCCAAGCUCGCCAAGUUGGCUAAGAGGACUUCGGUUUUCGAUGACCCUACCAUGGAAAUUCAAGAGCUUACGGGGGUUAUUAAGCAAGACAUCACUGCUCUAAACUCUGCGGUUGUGGAUCUUCAGUUACUCAGCAACUCUCGGAACGAGAGUGGGAACGCUUCUACCGACACGACUAGCCAUUCGACCACGGUGGUUGAUGACCUGAAGACACGGUUGAUGAGCGCCACCAAAGAGUUUAAAGAUGUUCUCACCAUGCGAACUGAGAACUUGAAAGUGCAUGAGAAUAGGAGGCAGCUGUUUUCGGCCACUGCUUCUAAGGACUCUGCGAAUCCUUUUGUCCGGCAACGGCCGUUGGCUACGAGGUCGGCUGCUAGUACUUCUAAUGCCCCCGCUGCACCUUGGGCUACUGGGUCAUCUUCAUCUCAGUUGUUUCCUAAGAAGCAGGUGGAUGGGGAGAGUCAACCAUUGCUGCAACAGCAGCAGCAGCAGCAAGAGGUAGUUCCAUUGCAAGACAGUUACAUGCAAAACAGAGCUGAAGCUCUUCAGAAUGUUGAGUCCACUAUUCAUGAGCUCAGCAACAUCUUUAAUCAACUAGCAACUCUUGUUUCUCAACAAGGAGAGAUUGCCAUCAGGAUUGAUGAAAACAUGGAUGAUACAUUGGCAAAUGUAGAGGGGGCGCAAGGGGCUUUGUUGAAGUAUCUGAACAACAUAUCUUCUAAUAGGUGGCUGAUGAUCAAGAUUUUCUUUAUAUUAAUAUUUUUUCUUAUGGUUUUCUUAUUUUUUGUGGCAUAGUCAUUCUAAUGACAGAAAAAUGAAAACGAGGACACACAUGACGCCCUUAUUGCUGGUGAUAAGCGUUUUGUAUUUCAUUAAUAAUAUUUCUUUCUUCAAAUCUAUAUUCAUUUCGACAGAGUUUAGCUUAGGACCAAGUUUGUCAAAUUUUAUACUUGUACGUAUCGAUACAUAUAACGAGGUUAAGAACUAUAUGAAUUGCAUGUUGUCCAUUUAUCUUUCUGUGAAUGAUGAUUUUUAUCCAGUGUUAA